UGGGUUGUGGGGGGUGGGUUGCUGCGUCUCACGGCUUUGCGGCUGAACUCGCCGGUAGCUUAGCGGGACACCGUGUUUUCAUCUCUGGAAUUAAAACCUGAAGUAUCGCUCGUGCGGCAGUGGAAAGCGCUGAAAGCCUCCGGAGGAUGUGGAGAUGCUGAUCCGGGCCCGUGAGCGCGCACAGGCGAACUGACUCGCUCUAGUUCCGUUUGGAAACAUUUCUCGAGCGCGUCCUCUCCUGGCAUCCACCUGCCUGCCCAUGGAGGGACGUCGCGAUGCUGUGCACAAGGAGAACUAAAACUUUGGUGUCGACAUGCGUAAUCCUGAGCGGUAUGACCAACAUCGUGUGCCUGCUGUACGUCGGUUGGAUCACCAACUACGUGGCCAACAGCGGUCCUAAAGUUGCGGAGAGCGGCGGCGGCGGCGAGGCGGAGAGAAAGUUGGAGGAGGACAGCAAAGGUGAAACCCUGAGGAUUAUCGAGAGGCUGGACCGGCUGGAGAGCGUCGUCAACGAGCACAUUAAAGAAACUCCUCUGAAGGAUGGGGAAGAUGCGGCAUCCUCGUCAGACGCAGCCUCAGACCCCGCCUCCUCACUCUUCAACCACUGGGGUCACGACCUUGGCCCGGAAAGCCGAAGGGUUGCCCUCAAGAAGUUCAAGUACUAUGGCUACAACGGUUACCUUAGCGACCGCAUCUCCCUCACCCGCCCGAUUCCAGAUUUACGGCCUGACGGAUGCAGAAACAUGUCCUACUCAUCAGACCUUCCCCAGCUCAGUGUCAUCUUCAUCUUUGUCAACGAGGCCUUGUCGGUGUUGCUGCGCUCCAUCCACACGGCCAUCCAGAGGACUCCUUCCCACCUGCUCAAAGAGGUCAUACUGGUGGAUGACCACAGCAACAGCUUGGAGCUAAAGGAGCAUCUGCAGAACUUUGUGGAUGAGACCAAUGCUCAGCACGGCCCGGGGUUCAUCAAGGUGGUCCGCCAUGAUAAGCAGGAAGGACUGAUCAGGUCCAGAGUGAGCGGCUGGAGGGCAGCUUCUGCCCCUGUUGUCGCUUUGUUCGACGCACACGUGGAGUUCAACACUGGAUGGGCGGAGCCUAUUCUGCAGCGAAUAAAGGAGGACCGGACCCGGGUGGUCUCGCCUUCAUUUGACAACAUCAAGUAUGACACCUUUGAGAUCGAGGAAUACCCUCUGUCUGCUCAGGGCUUCGACUGGGAGCUGUGGUGCAGAUACCUCAACCCGCCAAAGUCCUGGUGGACGCAGCACAACAAUACGGCGCCUAUCAGGAGCCCUGCUCUGAUUGGCUGCUUUGUGGUCGACAGGAAAUACUUUGAAGAGAUUGGCCUGCUUGAUGAGGGCAUGGAAAUUUAUGGUGGAGAAAAUGUGGAGCUUGGAAUCAGGGUGUGGCAGUGCGGUGGCAGUGUAGAGGUCCUGCCCUGCUCUCGGAUCGCCCACAUCGAGCGUGCCCACAAACCCUACACGGAGAACCUGACGGCUCACGUCCGCCGCAAUGCUCUGAGGGUGGCUGAGGUCUGGAUGGACCAGUACAAGAGUCACGUCUACAUGGCCUGGAACGUUCCACUGCAGAACUCAGGAAUAGACAUCGGGGACAUUUCAAAGAGGAAGGCCCUGCGGUCAAGACUCCGCUGUCGACCGUUCAGCUGGUUCCUCUCCAACAUCUACCCUGAGCUCCGAUCCUACAGCGACACAGUUGCGUAUGGCGUGUUGAAGAACAGCUUGAGAGACGACCUGUGUCUGGACCAAGGACCUGACACUGACAACGUCCCCAUCAUGUACCUGUGCCAUGGUAUGACGCCUCAGCAGAACGUGUACUACACCAGCUCCCAGCAGCUUCACCUGGGAGUGCUGAGCCCGACGAUCGACGACGACGACAACAAGUGUCUGGUUGACGUGAACAGCAAACCCAGGCUUCUGGAGUGCAGCUACGGCACUACUAAGCACAUGAAGCUCACCUGGACGUUCACUCAGGGUGGUCCCAUCCAAAACAUGGAGUCGCAGCGCUGUCUGGAGCUGGUGGAGAGCCGACAGUCAGAGUUCAGUUUCCAGCUGGCAAUUCAGGACUGCACGGAUCAGAAAUGGACCAUCACCAACAUACUGACUGUCCUGCCACAGUGAACGUAGUGACACCAGUCAGACAUUAGGAGACCUUUCAUGUGAUGGACUGGUCUAACUGAGGAAGUCUGCCACUUCACACCGAAAAACCAAACUGACCCAAAGCCAGGAUGGACUGGUCCACAAAUGAUAGUCCAGUUAGAGAUGGACUAACACACUGACCUCAGCAUCAAACUAAGCUCUCAAAAAGUUAGUUUCAGUACUGGACUUAUUUUUAAGGAGAAUCUGCAUAGAAGCAGAUGUGCUCCAAUCAGACACGGACCAUUAGUAACCUAAUAACCAUUUUAUACCAAUGACCUGGGAGAAGAGACACUCACAGAUGGAGCCGGAGCUCUUAAAACUCCCCACUCUGCGAUGGAAAUGAGAAAUAUAGCCACUUGUUCCGGGAGACAGGCUCAUGAAAUCAUGUAAGCAGUCUGGUUAUUGCAGGAGCGGGCCUGUGAUGUAUUCUGGCUCCCAGUCGGUAGUUUAAGUUCAGGCCUGAGCUGCCACAGCCUCAUCACACAAUCUCAAAACAAAUUGAGUGAGCGCGGUUCAAUAUGUUUGCGUGCAGACGGACAGAUGCGAGGUGAGCGUAUUGUUGCAAAGCAGCCGGCGUGUUGCUCACGUUUGAUUUUUAGGGCAGGUUUUAAAUCGUUACCAUCACCGCUCGACUGGAGCGGAGCGACCGAGCAGGUGCUGUAGAUUUCCUGAUGUCACUAAAAAGGAGCUGGUCUAAUGAAGAAUACCACAGAGUGAUUUAAACUGGCACUGUGAUAGAAACACCGUCACUCAGGGGUUUCAGAGUGUGUUUUGGGAUUAAAUGGUUUACAGACAGAACCGCCAAUCAUUCUGGCGUGUGUGUACACUUCUAAACAGAAAUCUGGAAACACCUGCCAGGACAAAAGACUUCGUGAUGUGGAGAAGAUGGAGCUUCCACGGCAUCCGUCCACUGACACCUGGAGCAGUGUGCUGCAGUGUGCACGAUUUUAGAAAUGCUGAAUUAUCUCUGCAGAAAAACAACAACUAACUCUUAGAUUUCCUCACUAUUUAAAAUUUAAGUUUUUCUUUUAACUUUAUCUCAAAAAUCAUGUUUCAAAGCCCUCUCAACACUCAGAAAUAUAACGUGAGUGCAAAGAUAAUCCAGUUGGAUCAAAAACCUACAGAUGUCGUGUUGGUUGCCCACAGGUGGCUGUGUAUCA